GCCUUCCUCCUCCUCCUCCUCCUCCUCCUCCUCCCGCAGCCCGGAGAGCGCUGGUGGUGCUGGCCCACCCGGAGAGGACCUCCUUCAACCACGCCAUGAAGGAGGCGGCGGUCGAGGCGCUGCGCAAGGGCGGCUGGAGCGUGGCCGUCUCCGACCUCUACGCCAUGAAGUUCAACCCGGUGCUCUCGCGCGACGACAUCGCCGGCAGCCUCAAGGACCCGCAGCACUUCAACUACGCGGUGGAGGCCGGGGCGGCGUGGAAAGAAGGCCGCCUGAGCCGCGACAUCGUGGAGGAGCAGAAGAAGCUGGAGGCGGCCGACCUGGUCAUCUUCCAGUUCCCCCUCCAGUGGUUCGGGGUCCCGGCUAUCUUGAAAGGGUGGUUCGAGCGUGUCCUGACGUCUGGCUUUUCCUAUUCGUACACCGCCAUGUAUGAACAGGGACCCUUCAAGAACAAGAAAACUUUACUGUCCUUUACCACGGGCGGGAUUGGCUCCAUGUACACCCCCGAAGGCAUCAACGGAGAUGUCAAUAUCCUUCUCUGGCCUGUACAGAGCGGCACUCUCCACUUCUGUGGCUUCCAAGUCUUAGAGCCCCAGAUUGCGUACAGCAUCAGCCACACGCCGCCGGACAUCCGCACCCAGAUCCUGGAGAAAUGGAAGCAGCGGCUGGCCACCAUCUGGGACGAAAAGCCCCUCACCUUUGCCCUUAGCAAGGACUUCGAGCUGUCCUUCGAGGGGGGCUUUCUGCUGAAGAAAGAGGUCAAGGAACAGCAGGAGGGGAAGAAGUACGGGCUGACGGUCGGCCAGCACAUGGGGAAGCCCCUCCUGCCCAACAGCCAGGUCAAAGCCCAGUAACCCUUUGGACCACCGUCGAGUGGGGCCAAGGGUUCGUCUCAAAGCAAGAGCUGGCUGUUCAGACUGUAUCUUUCUGGAGCUAGUCCAGAGCCACUGGCAUUCUUCUUUUCUCCUCUCCGAGUAGUUUGGGCAGGAUCACAGCCUCUUCCCCCUGCCCCCCAAACUGGGUUUAACAAAGCCACCUUCUAAACAUAGGUCUUAUUAAACUUCCCACCCCUUUUAACACGUACAAAGGCCAGGCUCAUGUGGGACCUUUCUGGACAGAAAAAGGCUCCAGAUGAGGAGCUUCCCGUGGUGUUCCCAUCAGUACUCAGCUAGCCGCGGCGAUGUAUGUAGUAUUUUUAUUGGCAUUGCCCUCACACCUUUGUGCCUUUUGUUGUUAGAAGAGGUAGCACGUGCAGUAGCAGGUAGGACCAAAAGAGGCCUGAGAUGAUAAGCUAUAAUAAGAUGCUUUCUAUUGAAUUAGACCCCCCCAGAAUCUCAAGAUAAAUUUCUCUUCUAGCCCCAGCUGGAGAUCCUUGGCAGUCUCCUAUGUAAAUACGAAACACUUUCAGCUAUAUUUGUUUCCCAAAUGAGAUUGACCUCUCAUGUGUCAAAAGGGGUAAGGUGCUGCCUUCUGGGUUAUGCAGAGCUUGGCAGUGGCAGAUACCUGCAAACACCUGCCUCCUUGCUAUGCAGCCCAAGAGGAUACCUGUAAAUUGGCCUAUCUGAAACAAUUGGCAGGAAAUACUGUGCGGCCUUGAAGCAUCCUUUCCUUGAGACAGAUCAGCAGGUGAAAGUAUCAUGUGGAUACCCCUUUUGAUAUCCAGCGUUCUAGGGUAGAACCAUUCUUUUCUGGCCUCUGGGUGACAUGGAUUUUGCAAUGUUUCGGCCAUCAGCCGUGACACAGCCAAAACGGUUGGCGUCUAAACAAACAAGGGCUCUUAAUCCGUCUUUAAAGUGUUUUGUUCUUUUGUGUUUUGUUCCCAGUCAUGCUAAGAAUUUUGCUGUUGCAUUUUCAGUUUAAUAUAACUGAGCCUGUAACUGCCUUUGGAUCUGGCUGUCUGCAUGCUCUACUAUUGUUUGACUCAGUCUGGACAGAAAUGUGCAUGGCUCCAAGAUGGAGCCACGGUUCUUCAACUGCCUUAUACAUAAACCUUGUGCCUUGCACACUCCCUUCCCUUCGAACGCUGUGUAUAUUCCCCAGAUGUGUGCACAUGGUGAGCAGGAACUGAGAACUGCUCUCUAGCACUUCCUCUGGCCAUUUCAGAAUGUAAUUGUAGGGAUUCUCCAUGAAAAUACUCUAUUUGCAUUGUUUCCAAGCCUGCACAUUAUUAUUCUGUUCAUUGCAGAAUUAAGUCCCAGCCUUUUAACUAGAGGGGUGGACAAGCGCACAUCUUGUGGGGGUUGCAACAUCCAUCAGCCUUAGGCAGCAUCGCUAGUGGUGAAGAAUCCUGGGAGUUGCAGGGUGACAUCUGAAGGGCUGCACUGUCCUGUUUUAAAGGAAGGCUGACGAACCUCUUUUGCCCAUAGCUCUGGGUUCAAUUUCAGAGUUCUAGUGGUGGGCCAUUCCAGUGACCAAAACAUGGCAGCUUAUUUUGGGUUAAAACUCUCGAUGUAUGUUAUAUAAACCUUUGGAGAGGCAUUUUGGUUUUCUAGAGUGGGGAAAGCCACCAACAAAGGAUGGGAAAAGCUACCAAGCAAUGGAGGAUGUCACGGAAAAGUGGAUAGGGACCUCUAAGGAAUCCCUAAGGCAUUGGAUCACCCUUGCUUUAAAAGGAAGAGGAUUAAAACCCUCAAAAAAAUUUCUCAACAGGGAUGCUAGCUUUCACGCCUUUAUAGCACACAGCUGGGUGUUGUUUUCUUUUUUAGCUCAAAACUUUUGGAAUAUACUGUAUGAAGCCUCACAAGAAUUCCUGUGUGGGCAAAACUUUAAAUAAAAACCUGUCACUCUCGA